ACACCUAGUGACAUGACGCAUAGACACUGGUUGUGCCUGGGCAAGCCCUGUUCAGAGUCAACUCAGCCUCGUCCCAGGAGAGCAGAGCAGCGGAGAAAGACGGAGAGAAAGACAGAACGAACGAAAGAAAGAAAGAGAGCGCUAGAGAAAGAGAGCAAGGCAGUCCUGUGGGACCUGCUUGUGGAUUCGCUGACGUGCGACUGUGCCAUUCCGGCCAGAUGGAUUAGCUACGAGACCCGGCUCCCACUAACUUUCUACUCCCCCCCCCUAUCUCCCCCCCCUCAACACCUGCCCGUCCACUUCUUCUGUGGUGGCCCCAACCUGUGGCUGCCUGCCUUACCCAUCGCCUACGCUCGAUCUCUCUCUCACUCUCUCCUCACCCUGAACCUGGCUCGGGGAAGGCUAGCACUUUGUGUGUAAGAAGAAGGACUUGCCUUUUGUAUGGUGCAUAUGUUUUGAGGAUAACAUUCAGGCUGCCAAUCUCAUAAUUACAGGCUGUGAAAGAGGGACACUGCUUCUUCCCCCCUCCUUUUGGUUGGGAUUUCUGUUGGAUUUGGAUUUCUGACUUUGGUUAUGGGUAUUAUCCUAUGAUUGCGUGAGCCCACAGCCAUCGAGCAGGAGCAUUGGGAUCCACGGAGAGAGUGCCAACGACAGAUCAUGGUUCCGUGCCACAGACAGCCUGCUCCUCUGGCCAGGAGGCCCAACGUGCUGCUCCCGCUGCUGCUGCUGCUGGUGCUCAGUUGGGCAUCAGGACCGGCCCACGCAGACACCAUGCCCAACUUCGUAAAGUCUCCUGAUGACCAGAUAGGUAUAUCUGGCGGGGUGGCGUCGUUCGUGUGUCAGGCAGGGGGUGAGCCCAAGCCCCGCAUCACCUGGAUGAAGAAGGGGAAGAAAGUCAGCUCUCAGCGCUUUGAGGUGAUUGAGUUUGAUGUGGGCUCCGGGUCAGUGUUGCGUAUCCAGCCUCUACGCACGCACCGAGACGAGGCCAUCUACGAGUGCACGGCCAGCAACAGCGCGGGCGAGAUCAACACCAGCGCCAAGCUCACCGUCCUAGAAGAGGACCAGAUUCCACACGGCUUUCCCACCAUUGACAUGGGGCCCCAGCUGAAGGUGGUGGAGAGGACGCGCACGGCCACCAUGCUGUGCGCCGCCAGCGGCAACCCCGACCCGGAGAUCACCUGGUUCAAGGACUUCCUGCCCGUUGACAUCAACGGCAGCAGCGGCCGCAUCAAGCAGCUCCGCUCAGGUGGUACACCAAUCAGAGGAGCGUUGCAGAUCGAAAACAGCGAGGAAUCGGAUCAGGGCAAGUACGAGUGCGUGGCCAUGAACAGCGCAGGGACGCGAUACUCCGCCCCGGCUAAUCUCUACGUGCGAGUGCGGCGCGUUCCGCCCCGAUUCUCCAUCCCCCCCACCAACCACGAGGUGAUGCCCGGCGGCAGCGUCAACCUCACCUGUGUGGCGGUGGGCGCCCCCAUGCCCUUCGUCAAGUGGAUGACGGGUGAGUUGGAGCUGACCAAGGAGGACGAGAUGCCCAUCGGGCGCAACGUCCUGGAGCUCACCAACAUCCGCCAGUCGGCGAACUACACCUGCGUGGCCAUGUCCUCGCUGGGCAUGAUCGAGACCACCGCACAGAUCACCGUCAAAGCCCUACCCAGAUCUCCGACGUCCCUGAUCGUGACCGAGACCACGGCCACCAGCGUCACCCUGACGUGGGACUCGGGCAACCCAGAGCCUGUGUCCUACUACGUCAUCCAGUACCGGCCCAAGCAGUCGGACAACGGCUUCCAGGAGGUGGACGGCGUGGCGUCCACGCGCUACAGCAUCGGCGGCCUGAGCCCCUACUCGGAGUACGAGUUCCGCGUGAUGGCGGUGAACAAUAUCGGGCGCGGGCCGCCCAGCGGCUCGGUGGACACGCGCACCAGCGAGCAGGCGCCGUCCUCGCCGCCGCUGCACGUGCAGGCGCGCAUGCUCAGCCCCAGCACCAUGCUGGUGCAGUGGAAGCCGCCGGAGGAGCCCAACGGCCAGAUCCGUGGCUACCGCGUCUACUACACGGAGAACCUGCAGGCGCCGCUCAGCACCUGGCAGAAGCACAACACCGACUUCUCGGAGCUGACCACCAUCUCCAGCCUCACGCCCGACAUCACCUACAGCCUGCGCGUGCUCGGCUUCACCUCCGUCGGGGACGGGCCGCCCUCAGAUGUGCUGCAGGUCAAGACCCAGCAAGGAGUGCCUGCCCAGCCUGCAGGCUUCGAGGCGGAGGCUGAGCUGGACACCCGCAUCAUGUUGACUUGGCUCUGGCCUGUACAAGACCAGAUUAUCAAGUACGAGCUCGACUACUGGGAGGCCGACUCAGGAAGCAAGCAACAUGUGACCUUUGACCCUGCUGGCUCGUACGCAGUGGAGGGCCUGAAGCCAGACACCAUGUACAAGUUCUCCCUGGCAGCGCGCUCCGAGAUGGGCCUGGGCGUCUACACACAGCCCAUAAUGGCUCGCACCGCCCAAUCAACUCCAUCGGCCCCCCCUCAGGAGGUACACCUGCUCAGCCUCACCUCCACCAGCAUCAAGGUGAGUUGGACGGCGCCGCCGGCCGCCAGUCGCCACGGCAACAUCGUGCGCUACUCGCUGGCCUAUCAGGCGGCGGCCGGGGAGGACACGGAGCGCCACGAGGUUCCGGACAUCCCCGCCGACGCCUCCAGCCACGUGCUGGACGGCCUGGAGAAGUGGACCGAGUACCAGGUGUGGGUGAGGGCCCACACGGACGUGGGGCCCGGCCCAGAGAGCCCGGGCGCACGGAUCAAAACCAAAGAGGACGUGCCAGGCGCUCCUCCGCGGCGGGUGGAGGCGGAGGCGGUGAACUCGACGGCGCUGCGGGUGACGUGGAAGCCUCCGCUCGCCACCAAGCAGCACGGUCAGAUCCGCGGCUACCAGGUGGUGUACUCGAGGCUGGAGAACGGGGAGCCACGCGGACAGCCUGUCAUCCUGGACGUCGCCCUGCCUGAGGCCCAGUGGGCCGAUGAAGAAUCCACGGACUAUGAGGCCUUCAUAACGGGGCUGCUGGCCGAGACCACCUACUCGGUCACCGUGGCGGCGUACACCACCAAAGGAGAUGGAGCGCGGAGCAAAGCUAAAGUGGUCGUAACGACUGGAGCAGUGCCAGGGAAGCCCACCAUGCUGAUCAGCACCACCAUCGGCAACACGGCGCUGAUCCAGUGGCAGCCGCCCAAGGAGAUGGUGGGCGAGCUGAUGGGCUACCGCCUGCAGUACAAGCGCGAGGAGGAGCGCGUCUUCACCGUGCGCGACUUCCGCAAGGCCGACGACCACUUCACCGUCACCGGCCUGCACAAGGGCGCCACCUACCUGUUCCGGCUGAGCGCCAAGAACCGCGCGGGCAACGGCGAGGAGUACACCAAGGAGAUCAGCACGCCCGAGGACCUUCCGGGCAGCUACCCGCAGAACCUGAGCGUGGUGGGCCUGACCACCACCACCACCAAGCUGGCCUGGGAGCCCCCGCCGCUGGCGGAGCGAAACGGCCGCAUCGUGCAGUACGUGGUGGUGUACCGCGACAUCAACAGCCAGCAGAACCGCACCAACAGCACCACCAACACCACGCUCACCAUCCAGGGCCUGCAGCCGGACACCACCUACGACAUCCGCGUGCGCGCCUUCACCAGCAAGGGAGCGGGGCCCCUCAGUCCCAGCAUUCAGAGCAGGACCAUGUCCACUUCUGUGGCAGAGUUUACCAAAAACUUUGGCGUGACGGUGGUCAUGAAGAGCUCUGUGCUGCUGACAUGGGAAGUCCCGGAAACCUUUAAGUCUCAAGUGCCUUUCAAGAUCCUGUAUAACCAGCAGAGCGUAGAAGUCCAGGGCCACCAGCGGCGGAAGCUGAUCACACGACUGCAGCCCGACACGGACUAUUCGUUUGUUCUGAUGAGCCGGGGAAGCAGCGCCGGGGGUCUGCAGCAGCAGGUGUCCAUCCGGACCGCACCGGACCUGCUCAAGACCAAACCGGCACGCUACAAUGAUGGCCCAGAGGAGGGCGGCAGGCUCACGGUCACACUGCCCAAAGUCCAGAGCGACACUGUCAAGUGGUUCUACAUUGUGGUUGUUCCUGUCACCUCGACUACACAGAGAUGGGAGAACCCAGAGGACAUGGACCUGGAUGAGCUCCUUGAGGCCAAAAGCACAGACAGCAAUGGCGUGCGGAGACGGCGGCAGGCCCAGGACUUCCUGCGGUCGUACAUCGCGGCCAAGCUGGAGAGCCUCCCCGACACCUUCACCCUGGGGGAUGAGAAGAGGUACAACGGCUUCCUCAACAAGCCCCUGCCCGGCCAGCAGAACUACCGCUGCUUCGUGCUGGCAGCGCUCGAAGACAGCGACUCCAAGACGUUUGCAGCGAGCCCGUUCUCAGAGCCGUUGACAGUCAAGCUGCACAGCGGGAUGAGCAUGCACUCGGAGGACCCCGAGAUGCUAUGGGUCAUGGGCCCCGUCCUGGCCGUGGUCCUCAUCGUCAUCAUCGUCAUCGCCAUCCUGCUCUUCAAGAGCAAACAGGAAAGGAAGCGGACGUCUCCUUCAACCAAAGACGAGCACACUGCUGGGGUGAAGGACUGUCUGCUGGCUCAUUCCUCCGACCCUGUGGAGAUGAGGAGACUCAACUACCAGACACAAGGUUCCAGCGCCCCCACCUGCCCGAACACUCCAAGAAUGAGGGAGCACCCACCCAUAUCCACCUCAGACCUGGCCGACCACAUCGACAGACUGAAGGCCAAUGACAGCCUGCGUUUCUCUCAGGAGUAUGAGUCCAUUGAUCCUGGGCAGCAGUUCACCUGGGAGCACUCCAACCUGGAGGUCAACAAGCCAAAGAACCGCUAUGCAAACGUCAUCGCCUACGACCACUCGCGAGUCAUCCUCACACCAGUGGAUGGGGUGCCAGGAAGCGACUACAUCAACGCCAACUACAUCGACGGCUACCGCAAGCAGAACGCCUACAUGGCCACGCAGGGCCCGCUGCCCGAGACGCUCAGCGACUUCUGGAGGAUGGUGUGGGAGCAGCGCACCAGCACCAUCGUCAUGAUGACGCGUCUCGAGGAGAAGUCCAGGGUGAAGUGUGACCAGUACUGGCCCAGCAGAGGAACGGAGACCUACGGCAUGAUCCAAGUCACCAUGCUGGACACCCUGGAGCUGGCCACAUAUAGUGUGCGCACCUUCGCCUUGUACAAGAACGGCUCGAGUGAGAAGCGCGAGGUCCGGCAGUUCCAGUUCAUGGCGUGGCCAGACCACGGCGUGCCCGAGUACCCCACCCCCAUCCUGGCCUUCCUGCGCCGCGUCAAGGCCUGCAACCCCCCCGACGCCGGCUCCAUGGUGGUACACUGCAGUGCUGGCGUGGGCCGUACGGGCUGCUUCAUCGUGAUCGAGGCCAUGCUGGAGCGCAUGAAGCACGAGAAGUCUGUGGACAUCUACGGCCACGUGACGUGCAUGCGCGCCCAGCGCAACUACAUGGUGCAGACGGAGGACCAGUACAUAUUCAUCCACGAGGCCCUGCUGGAGGCCGCCACCUGCGGACAGACCGAGGUGCCCGCCCGCAACCUCUACGCCCACAUCCAGAAGCUCACGCAGGUGCCGCCUGGGGACACCGUCACCGCCAUGGAGCUGGAGUUCAAGAAGCUGGCCAACUCCAAAGCACAUACCUCAAGAUUCAUCAGUGCCAACCUGCCGUGCAACAAGUUCAAGAACCGGCUGGUGAACAUCAUGCCCUUCGAGUCGACCCGCGUCUGCCUGCAGCCCAUCCGCGGGGUGGAGGGGUCCGAUUACAUCAAUGCCAGCUUCCUUGACGGAUACAGGCAGCAGAAGGCUUACAUUGCAACGCAGGGCCCCCUGGCUGAGACCACUGAGGACUUCUGGAGGAUGCUGUGGGAACACAACUCUACCAUCGUGGUCAUGCUCACCAAACUGAGGGAGAUGGGCCGAGAGAAGUGCCAUCAGUACUGGCCAGCCGAGCGCUCUGCCCGCUACCAGUACUUCGUGGUGGACCCCAUGGCCGAGUACAACAUGCCCCAGUACAUCCUCCGAGAGUUCAAGGUCACAGAUGCCAGGGAUGGCCAGUCCAGGACUAUUCGCCAGUUCCAGUUCACUGAUUGGCCGGAGCAAGGCGUGCCAAAGACUGGAGAGGGCUUCAUCGACUUCAUCGGCCAGGUGCACAAAACCAAGGAGCAGUUCGGCCAGGACGGACCAAUCACUGUGCACUGCAGUGCUGGUGUUGGGCGGACGGGCGUCUUCAUCACCUUGAGCAUCGUGCUGGAGAGGAUGAGAUACGAGGGCGUGGUGGACCUCUUCCAGACCGUCAAGACACUGCGCACCCAGAGACCAGCCAUGGUGCAGACAGAGGACCAGUAUCAGCUAUGUUACCGGGCAGCUCUGGAGUACCUGGGCAGCUUUGAUCACUAUGCAACGUAACCGCUCCCCCCUACAACAGCACCGGCGUAUCUCCUCCUCCCCCCCCCCCCCCCUCCCUUCAGCUGGGCUUUGGAUCUCCUGGGCAACACCCACCCAGCCAGUUCUCUUCCAGAAGCUUCCCUGGGGGGGUGGAGGUUAUGAGGGGUGGGGUGGGGAUUGAGGAUCACAGGUGAUGGUGGGGGGGGUGGUAGGUGACACUGGAUGGCCUCCCCUUUUUUUUGGAGCAACACCCAAGGACUGGCACAACAAACUUGCUUUAUCCACCCCCGUCACACACAAACACAACAAAUAAGUAAGCUCCCUUCAAAACGACAAGCCUGACCAGACAAGAAAAGCAACCAUUCUGAUGUCUCCAAUGCACAAUGGCUUCCCGCCCCCCCCCCCCCCGUUCAUGCCUCCUGCUGAUCAACAAGAUUUAUGUUAAUGUUGUUCAAUAAUCCUUGCCAUGAUCAUCGCCAUUACUAUCAUAUUAUUGUUAUUAUUGCAUUAUCUAGAUUUUAUCAUAAUGUUUGUUAUUUUUAAUCAUUUACACUGGUUCUUGUAUGUACAUCUAAGGGGUCUACUUUUUCCAUGGUUAUUCAUAUUUGACUUUUUUGUAUGUUUUAUUUACUUUUAAAUUUUAUAGUCAUAGCACGGGGGGCAUGUGUUUUUGAUAUGCCCUGGCGUUACUAAUAUUAAAGUACACAUACUCAGUGCUGCUACUGAUGAUUUCUUUGUCGUCAUCGUCAUUAUAUUAUCACUUUCUGAUUCUCCACUCACUCAUUGCAUUCGUCUGGGGAAGGGGAACAACCUUUUUAUAAGCCUUUUCAUCUCCUGAUACUUUAUAGAAUGAUUAUCUAUAUUAAAAAAAGAGAUCAAAUGCAUACAGAGUUAGCGGACUUACAUAAACUUAUUGUUAUAAAAGAAAAAAAAACUAAAUAGACUAAUGAAUCUUGAGGACAAUGCCAUGUACAGAUUCGGGCGUCGCUCUCAAUAGCUGUAAACUGUGACUUUUUUUUCUCUCUCUUUCUCUCUAUCUCUGCGAGCGUGUCGCUCGAAAGACCUCAUCUCACACUGAACGACAGAAGUGUUCUGAGACGGUGUUAUGUCAUGUACCAGUGACGCCUCGCAUAACCACACACACACACACACACACACUCAAGUACACACAGACCCCAGGUCUUACUCCCGAGGAUCCUGAGAGAAAUCCCCCCCCCCCUGGGUCCUGACCCCGCCCAAGAGAUGAGAGACACGGACUCAUGUAUAGCGCUUAGCCUCCUCAUAGAGCUUCUGAAGAGUGUUUUCACAUGGCCAAAGCAGUAUCUCAACUCCAAUGUAUCAACUCAAUGAUGGCCUGUUCGGUUUGAUCGGAAACACCCUUAUUUCAUUAUUUUAUUUUUGCGUCCGAAACGACCCCAGAUUCACUGGCCUGGUCAUGGUGGAGGACCGUCCCUGACUCAUCGUGCACAGCUGGUGCUCCGCAGCUGCCGUACUCUCACCUCUGAGGUUCUCCUACAGCCACUGAAGAACCGCAGCUCUAGAACAUCCGGAAAACAAAGAACCAAGAGUCACAUUCUUCGCUAGGCCAGAAAACUGCAAAAAAAAAGAAAAAACCUGUGGUAAAUUUGUUGUACGCGGGGAAAACCUGGGGGCCAAGAAAACCAUUUCACUUUGUGUCGGCAUAGUGCUGUAGGGGUCAACUCUGUUGUACAUGCAGUCUGUUUUCUAUUUGUCACUAUGACGACAGCCACAACAACAAGAAAAAAAACAACAGUGAGAAAAAAUGUUGCAAAUACCUUGAUGUUAAUAAAGUUGAAUAAAUGGGUUUUGUACAAA